AGAGGGUGGGGGAACGAGUGCGACUGGGAUACUGCAGCUCAGAGGGUUACAUUCGCCUCGGAGCUGAGACUGCUGCAGCAUCGCCAGUCUUAUCCAAGCACAUGGAUGUAAAAGAGGCGAGAAUCUCCCAGAGUCCGUGCUAACAGACAGAGCGGGCUUUUUGGGUUUUUUUGCAGCAAGAAAAGUUGACAAGCCCUUGGCACAGAUGUAGCUCAGGGACCCUGUGCGAAAAUGCAGUAGCAACAGUGUCUUCCAGUCGGGUCUGGCGGAUUAUCAUUGUGAGCAGUGAAGGAAGAGUUAGAGGUGAUGCACACGGGUCUUGGCUGUAGACAGGGAGGGAGCCGCCGAUCGCCGGCGCCUGGAGACUUGGAUUGAAGCGACGCUUCAUUUCUUCCUGAAAGAAGUCGCUCCUGUUUUGCUUCUUGUUGCUACUCCGAGCCAAGAAACAACGUGAAUAUGUUGGCAAAAGGAAAUGUGUUAUCUCCUGUGCUUCAUGAAAACCAAAAACUAAAUUAAAUUCUGUUGCGAACCGUGACUCUCUCUGCCCUGGGUGAAGAUGGGGAGUGAAAUGUAUGUACCUGCAGUUUGGUUUGCUGUUUAAACAUAUUUCCUAGUGGAUGUGACGCUGGGGUAUCUCGGCUUUUCUUUUCUGAUCCCAGAACUUUUGAUGAUGUUUUAGGAGCGGAGGGAGUCCGUGCGAAGGGCACUGCAUUGUGUGUUUGUGUUGCCUGCCUCUAUUGUUUGACCUGACCUGUGAUUCCUAGCCGUUUGGAUGGGGUUGAUGAUGAGGUGCAGGCUGCCCCCGGGCUGCCUCCUCCUGUUCCUCGCUGCUUCCUUGGCGGGCCCGGCUCCGGCCAGCGGCAGCGGGGAGUAUUGCCACGGCUGGCUGGACUCUCAGGGGAGUUGGCACCAAGGCUUCCAGUGUCCCGAGCGCUUCGACGCGGGCUCGGCCACCAUCUGCUGUGGCUCUUGUUCCCUGCGCUACUGCUGCUCCAGCACCGAGGCCAGGCUGGACCAGGGCCACUGUAACAACGACCAACCGGCCGUCAGCGGCGACGACCAAGCCGGCAGCGAGGGCAGAGACAGCAGUAACUCCUCGGCAGUGCCGAUCUAUGUGCCUUUCCUCAUUGUUGGCUCUGUGUUUGUAGCCUUUGUCAUCGUGGGCUCAUUUGUGGCAGCUUGCUGCUGCAGGUGCCUCAAGCCCAAGCAAGAACCACAACAGAGCAGAGCUCCAACAGAAAAUCGCCUUAUGGAAACUAUCCCUAUGAUCUCAAGUUCUGGCAAUCCCAGAGGAUCCUCAUCACGGCAGUCCAGCACCGCUGCCAGCUCCAGCUCUAGUGCCAACUCAGGGGCUCGGGCUCCCCCUCUAAGGACACAGACAAACUGCUGUCUGCCGACAGAAGGGACAAUGAAUAAUAUAUACUUGAAUAUGCCACCUAAUUUCUCAAUGAUGAACUGCCAGCAAGCUCCACAGAUUUUGCCACAUCAGGCUCAGUUUUUACACCCUCAGUAUUUGGGUUAUGCUGUUCAACAUGACUCUUUGGCAAUGACCCCUACUCCUCCUUACAUAGAUGGACUGCAGAAUGGUUUUCGACAAAUGCAGACUCCCUUCCCUCACGUCAGUGGGAAUACCGAACAGAUGGUGUAUACAACAGUAACUGUUUAGAAAGAUGCUUCUCAAUUUUUGUAACUUCUGCUAUGAGGUGGCCACUUUUUUGAAAUAUGAGAAACAUAACUCGAUUUGAGCCUUUUGUAAGCAAUUAGUUUGUCAAAUUUGUCUCAGGUGAGAUGGCAAAAAAAAUCUUUAUCAUGUGUACAUGGAAAAAACGUUUUAAACUUUGCUAUCCUGUUGAUGAUCCUGUGACUAUCUGAUGGUUAGUGCUGUCAUGUUGAUGCUCAUGGGAGGAUCUGAUGGUUAGUUCUGCCCUAUAUUGAUCCUGAGAGUACCUGAUGAUUAGUGCUUCCCUACUGAAGCUCCUGGGUAUACCUGGUGGUAUUCUUGAUCUUGAGAGUACAUGAUUGUCAGUGCUACCUGGAGUUACUGUUGGUGGUGGGUACUAUAGCAUGUACAAAAAUGGGAUUGUACAUUGGUCAGUGUUGCCCAUUGAUGAGUCCUGCCCCACUGAAAACUGGAUGUACAUGAUAGUCAAUAUUGUCUCUGAUGGUUCUGGCAGUCCGUGCAGCUAGUCCUGUUCCAUUGCUUACAAGAAGACAGUGUGACUGCACUGAUGAUCACACAUUAGAGUUCACAGUGGGCGUGGGCAGUAAAACAUCAGCCCAGAUCUUCAAGGCUCUGGAUAGUUGGAGACCGGAUGUAGCCCCAUUAUGGGACUGCUCAGAAGUCCAAACACUGACUCAGUGGGAAUUGCUUGGGGUGUUUGAACUUCCAAUGGGCAAUUCCCCUGCUGUCCAGCAUCCUCUGAAAAAAUCUGCAACUCUUGAGUUAGAGUUGGAGAUGUCGGACAGUUCCAAAUUACUUACCUGGAUAGUUACCUAGGAAUUCUAAGAUAGAAAUCCUAGUCUAACCAUACAACGGACUCCCUCACCACCACCACCACACCCCCCCGCCCCUGCCAACCUGAGCUGACCCGAUCUCAUCACUCAAUGCCCCCCCCGGCCCCUUGGUCUUACACUCCAACCCGACCUUACCUCACCACCUGACUCCACACCCCGACCCCCCUGAAUUACCCUCCUGACCCCCACCCUAACCCAAUCUCAUCACUGUACGCAGCUGCAACCCUACCACCUUACCCACUUAGCUCACCCACCCUACCCCCUUACACACUUACCUUCUCUCUGUAGCUUUGGGACAUGUAAACUCUUUACUUACAAAACACAGCAGCUAGUGCUGUAAAAAGGGGGCCAGGGGGGAGGGGGGUGAAGUGCGUGGCUUCUGCUCAGAUUCUUCCAUCUGUUCCCUCUGACAUCUUCUACGCUGAGUCAGUUUGGAAGGAUCCUCCAUUGGCAGAUUGCCCAGAAAAAUCAGAGCAAGGUAAGUGGUUAUUUUUUGUCUGAUAAGGGUCAGAAAUAGGGGUUCCAUUCCUGAAUGGAAGAUUUGAGCUGUAUCUUGCCUGGUCACUAUAUUAAAUAGAGAACUGUUCUGAUAAGUGACUACACUGUGUAUCCCUCUUCUAUACUGAAAACAGUUCUAUUUCAUAAAACCAUGUGCUGAUUGUCAAGAAUGUCUUAUACUUGCCAACUUCAACACUGCUGCUUUCAAAAAUGGUCAGUCAAUUCCUUUAGAGAAUAAGAGAAUGUCUUGGGUACACCAAAUUUCAGUUGGUUGUGCAGGAUCACAAUUCAGUCCAAAAAAAAGGGAAAAUGCAAAUACAUAUAGAAUGUUACUAAAAAAUGUAUUUAAAUCUUAAGCGAGUUUGACUACAAAUUUGAACUGUGAAGUUUUCUAGCACCUUGGCUGCAGCAGUGGAAAAACAUUGCCUUUACAUGGCCAAUUCUGCUGAUGGCAAUCCAUUCAACAGUAGGGGAGAGUGCCAUAGUCCUUUUAUCAAAUUCAUCUGACAGUUUUCUGAUAAAUUAACUAUAGUCUAAGGGGUUCAUACUUGCCUUCAUUUCAUUCAGCAGCUAAGUAUGUCUAAAAUUGCAUAGUUGUAUAAAUUUUGAAGGAAGAAUAAAUUAACCUGAAAUUUAAUUUUAAUUCCAUUGCGAGGUUGUGUCAGUUCCCAGCUCAGUAAAUUUAAUUUGGUCAUUGUUCUCAGUUAAUUCAGAGAAUUUUCCAAAUAAAUCCAGUGUUUAGUUCCUUCUCAUUUAUUUAAAAUAAUUUGUACAAGGAAUUUUACUUGUGAUGGUUGUAUUUAUUGGAACCCUUACCAGUAGACAGCAAUUGGAGAUUUUAGUUCAGAAUUGGUUUGUUUUGAAUAUUCAAAUAUUAUAGUAUUUAAGUUACCUGUAUUUUAUAAUAUUCACAUUUCAACAAAAUGUUCAAAAGAAUUCCAAAACAGGACACAAAUGUUGGUUCUUUUUUGAAAUGGUACUGUAAAAUAUAGUUUGUAAGUUGCAGCAGUAUAUACUCCCUGAUUUUAAUGGUUGAUAUUGUGGUAGAAACUGUACGAACAGCAAUGAUGGAGCAGCUUUUACACUGGAUUACCUUGCCAUAUGAAUGAAGUAUAGACUAAUGUAUACUCAACUUUAUUUCAGUUUUUGCAGCAAAAACAUGCAUUUAACUCUCUGUGCAGAAAUCCUUAGGGAUAGCAUUUGGGUGUGGAGGCCAUCCAUCAUAAGUUUCUUUUUAAAACUAAUGCAUUUUUGUAAAAUCAACUGUUACCAUUUAUAAGACAAUGUAAUUAAACCCUUCAGUAAUCCAAACAUCUAUUCAUUAUUUGCAUUGAGAGUGAAACCUAUGCAAACAAGAGAACUUUAUACAAGAGAAUCCAAUGAUGUAUGUAAAGAUGACAAAACAAUUAACAGGUUAACUUGUAUACCAGGGAAUUUGUUGUACUUAGCUGAUGUAAGAGGUUAUAUGACAUGUAUUUGAAAAUUAUUUAUUCAGUUAUGUCAUACUUAAUUUCUUUUGAAUACAGCAAUAGUUACAAACAGAAUGUCCUGCUUUGUGGAAAAUCAUAUGGUUCCUUUCUGUAUUUUGGAGAAUUAUUGAAAAAACAAGUGUCUUUAUUUUUACCUCUUGUUCCCCCCACCUCCAAGCCCCCCAUCCUACCAACACCACCAAACAUUCAUGGCAUUGUUCAAUGGAACAGUUCAGCCCACAUGGCUGUCCUUUAUGAAGUUGCUGUUCUUCCAGGAGUCAUUUGAGUGUUGGGAGUAUAAGGCUCGUCUUUAGUUUUCCAUCCUCCUUCUGACACUGAUUUAAUUCUUCCCUACAGAGGAAAGUUAAAUAGAAAACAUGGAUGUAAACUCAAGCUUGAGGGCCCACACCUCCUUCCUCUUAAUUUUCAUGAGUUUAUCAAAGCAUUCCACUUUCUCCUCCAUUCUCCACUCCACCCUGUUCAUUCACCAUGCGCAAUCAGGCGGUUUUCUGAUCCCAACCUUUUCCAAAUUUCAUGUGAGUGUUUCAUGAGCUAGCCACAACAAUGUGUGAAAUCAGUUGUGGGGAUAGGUAAUAGGAAGUCAAACCUGGAUGCUGUGGUGACCUCGGGUAGUAUGUUGAUGUUUCAUGACACUGCACAACUUAAAUUCAGGGAAAAGUUAGUAUUUCAGAAUAUAGUGAUGUUAGAAUGCUGUCCUCUCAUGUGUUAAUCAGUGACUAAAACAGUCUUUCAAUUUAACCCAAAAUGAACAGGAAAUUCUUGGCCCAGGAGACUACAGAGCUUCUGUUAGUCUUUGGAACUGGAGCAACUUUAUUGGCUUUGGUCCAAUUUUCUGUUCAGCUAAGAAAGUUGGACCAAAUGAGCACUUGCUGCAAAAGUACAGAGCCUCAUGAGCCAUAGCGGUCAGUGUGCACUUCACAUUGUGCUCAAUGAUUUCUCGGUGAACCCCUCUCAGGUGAAACUCUUUGCUACAGCUUAUUUUGUAAUAUAGAAAUAAGAAAAAUAAUUUUUGUGUAGAAAUGUUGCAAGAGAAAGAGCAACUGAACUCUGUAUUUCCCUUAAGCUAAUGUUGUACACUAUUUGUGUAAAAUAUACCACUGACUACAGUACAGACAAGUCUGUAAUAUUCCAAAGGACAUUUAAGUGUAUUUCUUGAUACAGAACCAAAAUUACAUUUUCAUAAUAAACUGUUAAUUAU